CUGGUAGCCGUGAUAGCCAACACCGCAGCAAUUAACGAACGGCAGGAAACCUAAGCAACCACAGAACACUUCUUCCACAACAUGUUUAAGUUUAUGACCAUUUGCUUGUUUGCUCUGCUGGCAUUGGCCUCAGCUAAGCCACACUUGUUGACCACUGGUGUCAGCUAUGCCACUCCAGUUGUGGCACCCGUUCAUGCUGUUGCAGCCCCCGUAGCCUUUGCCACCCCCGUCGUGGCCUCGUCUGCCUAUUAUCCUGCAUACACAUCUUCCUACUACCAUCCAGCGUAUGCCACAUAUCCACAUUUGGGCGCCACCUAUUUUGUCAGACGUUAAACGACGAAUGAAUUGAUUAUUUCAAUAUUUAAAAGAAAUAAUUGCGAAUUUUAUUUGUUUCUAGCGUUAAUUUUUAUAACGUAUACUAUACACUAUUUUUUUAAAUAAAUUUUUACAAAUGAAAAAUA